AUGGCCGGUUGGUUGCGGCUGGCAGAGCAGCAGAUCAGUUCUUCGCCGCCAGACAGUGUCGAGCCCAAACCAAAGCGAAAGCCGGGUCGGCCACGUGGAACAUUUGGUGGCUCUGAGCUGCGGGCUUCUCUCAAAGCUGAAAGCUCAGAGGCAGUGCAGCAGGCCAUGGACAGACAACGAUUCACAUCUGAUUCCUCACAACAUCCUGCUGUUCAAGCUACGACAGUGAUGUCUACAGGCCAGCAGGGUGUGGUGGCCACGGGUGCACGUGCAAGCCCAGUGCAAGAGAUGAUCUUGCAGCAUGCGGUUGCACAAGCAAAGCGAUGUAGGCAAGAGGGUGCUCCAAAUCCAGCGACGACUCUUCUCUUUGAAGGGAGGAGGAACAUAGUCUCACAGAGCGUGGCGUCCAACAUGUUGGAUGUCACCAGGGAAGAUGCACGUCGAGUGGCUGCAAUUGUCGUUGAAGGUGGUGCCCGGCUGUGGCACGGUUUUCUUGAUCACAUAUCUGCCCUGGUCAAAGGGCCACAUUGGAAGGGUGUUCUGUUUGGUGUCAGAAGGCGCUAUGAUGAGACUCCGUUGCCUCUUCGUGUUCAAGAGCCAACACCACAGCCUUCCCGAAUCACUACAGUGACUACAGGCAAUGCAGCUGCUGUGUUGGAUGCUGCCAAGGAUUCUGCCAAGGGCACUACAGGCCGCAAGAAACGAGUGACAAAAAUCAUGCAGUCUGAGCUCAACAUCUUUGCACUUUUGGAGCGUCAAGAGCAGGAAGUGGAACCAGAGUCCAGGAGCAAGCCUGGCAAGUUCUUGCACAUCUGUGGCAAGUUUCCAUGCUGGUUGCAAUGCAUGCAAAGCACGACAGCUCAGCAGAUUUCUCAGUCCCAGAGGAAUUUGCUUUCCAGCAUCUCCAACCUGAACGAUGUUAGCAAAUUGUUCAUGACGAGGCAUGCCUGUGUCACCACUGACCGUUAUGCGGCCAAUCUUGUCGCAGAACAGGACAUCCAAUCCAGGUCUGGACAGUGGUGUCUGACACAUAUGCUCUGUCACGUUCACCAGCUGUCAUCCUCAGAGAAAAGCCUCGGUGACCUUAUUGCCGGUCACGUCGGCGGCAUUGUCAGCUUGGGGCUGUCUACACGCUUUGCGGGUGUACUUCCAGAGUUGCAACAGGCAUUGUAUUCCUUGUUUGAAGAUGAGCUGGAGAUCAUUGUGGGCCAAGGACCAGCCCGAGAACAUCAAGAUGCAAUUCUUGACUUGUUCUUGCCAGUUGAUGAGAAGAAAGUAACAGAGGUGGCGGAUCGGAUGAAGAGCAGGGGGCCAACCACUGCCUUGGCUCAGCAAAGGCGCCGGUGUGUCAUUCGGCAUUACCUAAACGGAGCUAUUGAUCAGGAGAAGCUUGUACACUUUACACCUGUGCUCUUGGAUCGUGAGCAGCUGCUGGCUGAGAUCCGUACAGAACUGAUUCCAGCCCUUUUACCCAUGCCUUGCCCGAUUAUCAACCGCUCGCGCUGGUUUGGCUGUGAGCAAGCCUUUGGUUGGGUGGGCAUUCUAUUGUCCCACCACAACCUGCUCCCUCGAUUGAUACAGCGAUGGAGGGGCAUCUCCACUGCGGCCGCCUCUGGCAUGGCACAAAUGGCAAGACCUGCCUCUGUGUCAACAGGUCCUUCACUUGGGCCAAAGUUUGGCAACUGGGGUGAUCUGGCAAACAGGGCUGCUCAGACACAGACAGCCCAAGACACAACUGCAGGAGUCCACCCAGAGAGAUUCCCGGCCAGACAAGGACAAAACCCUGCUGAAGACAUGGGGUACGCAGAGGGCACAAGUCUUGAGCCCGGGGACAGCUCCUUCGUUGCAGAAAUUCUGCGGGAUCCGGCCACCGGAGAUAUAAAUUGGCAAGAGCAGAAUAAAGCUACGGUGGCAAAAGCUGUGGCAUGGUGUCAGUCACAGCCAGCAAAUGCCGUCAUAGCGAUGAGCAUCGCAUGGGGACCAAUCUUGUGCCUGAUGCACACUGUGCUCAAGCUUGGAAGUGAAUCCUGGGAGCAUGAGCAAGAAGCCAAAGUGGCAGCUGGGCAAGCACGAAGCUUCAGAGUGCUCGAGUUGUUUCAAGGUCGAGCCAUGGACACAUUUUUGAAACAUAUGAACGACUUGAUGCACACAUCUUCUGCUGCGAUCCAGGCAAGCGGCCGAACUUUGUCUGUCAGAUGUCUGCUCUUCCGAUUGUUAAGUCGUUGUGGAGCUACAGUGCAUCAAGUCUUUGCUCUUCAACACAAAAGAGCUCCUUAUGUCUUGUUUGGAGCACUGAAUGGCAACCUUGGUCCUCUGCGUGGCUUGCCAGAGUGCCUUCAUGAUGAAUUGACCACAGUGGUGUGCGGCAGGUUUCCCAAGGAGGGCACAGAUCUGCUUGAGCCAGAGGCUCAGGCAAUCCUGGCAUGCUUGGCACAAAAUCUGGAAUCCGACAUAGUCGGUAUCGAGACGCGGCAUGCGUCAGUUCGCCGAUGCUGCUAUGCUAGAUCAGUCCAAGUCUGGACAAUUGAUUUCCGAGAUCUUGGUGCGGAGUGGAUCACAAGGCAACAAGUGAUCUUGCGCGAACCCCUGACCACAGCUGCCACCAAGCAGAGAAAGCCCCGUGAGAAGGCAAAAGCCAAGAAGAGCCGUGGUGGAUCCUGGCACUGGGACCAAUGCAAGAAUGUCGGCCUCUUGAUGACCAUGGCUGGAAGAGCUGGCAAGAAAUCUUUCAAGAGGUGGAUCCCAUCACGAGGCCGACGAGUGGUGGAAAGCUCAGGUGGCCUUCGAUGCUUGAAGGAUGCCUUGGUGGAGAUUUCAGCUGGCAGAAAACGAUCCGUUGAACUGGCAGCAGCAGCUGAAGAACAAACGGAACAACUACUGGACAAAGUUUCAAAAGAUACUGCAGAUCAGCUGGGACAGGAGUUCACGGAGCCCCAGCUGUCCCAGGAUGCCCUUCUUGGCUCUGUUUCGAAUGGAAAUCAGACCCUGUUCCCUGCAAAUGCUGGGGCGUCGAAUGGUGCUUUCCAGUGUUUGCCGGCCUCCAUGAGUUCUCCGAGUCUUCUGAAAUUUCUGGUGCCAGCCGAUGUUCUUGCUCAGGAGCCUUAUCUUUCGUCCUGCUCGGGCUGGGGGGAGGUUUGCAAGCCGACCGGACACGAAGCCAGCGGAUUCGGACGUGGCUUGUCCACAGCUUUGAAGGACACGUGGGCAGAGAAACACUGCUUGCAGCCGCCCCCAGAGCAACAGAUCGACAUGACCGGGAGUUUCACGACUUCCCGGUGCUGUUCCUUGGGGUUCUGCUUCUGCUGUGGCACUGGCCAACAAAGCCAUUUCUUCCAUUGCAAACUUUCGGCCUUGCUUCGCCCGUAUCUGUUCAGACAGAGAGCCAAGAAGCACCAGCAACAUGCAACAAAAAAAGAGCACACCAAGGCCCGCAAGGCCAUGAUGAAGGGCUUCUUGAUUCUUCGGCUGGAAGUCGGCAGUGAGCCAGGGCAUGAAGGUAUUGAGAAGUAUUUUCUGCCAGUGGCUGAUGAGCCACAUGAAGCCACCAUGCCAGUUCUGUCAGGAUUGCCUGAGCAGAUGCAUUCUUGGGCAAUGUGUGCAAGUUCAGACACUGGUUCAGGAGAAUCAAUGGCCUCGGCACAUCAACCCGUGUUCUCACACAUCGGCUAUGUGAACUACCGAUCCAUGCAUUUCAGUGUGUUGCCUUUGCAAGCAGUGUCCCAGACAGAUGACUCGGCAUCAGAUUCGGCUUCUCAGUUUCUGUCUGUCUUGUCACCUGUAGCCUUUUACCGUUGCUUCGAGUACUUCGAGAAAGAGCUUGAUUUCAGAUUACCAUAUGUCGCCUCAUUUUACAUCAUGCGCUCUGACGAUGAAACUGAGUUGCUUCCCAGUGAAAUGAUUCCUGGCCGCAUGGAGGCCGUGCCAUAUUCUGAAAUCCCGACACUUCAGGUCUGGAAGGGGCAACAUGCAGAGGAGCGGGAUCGAGCACGGAUCCGGAGUGAAAAGGAGAAGAAACGAAAACCUCCUUCAGGUUCCCAUCCUGGUGGUGGCAUCCGCAAGUUUGCCAGGAAGACCAAGGAUCCCAUCUCAGAAGCGGCUGUCGACGCAGACCCGGCUCCAGGUCCUGCGAGUGGUGAUGCAGGGCAGGAUGAUGAAAACGUAUAUGUGGGCAUGGAUGAUGGUUUCAGCAAUGGCAGCAGUGAUGCAGAUGAGAACAGAUCCGAACAGGACUUGAUUGAGGCUUUGGAACAAGAAUUGGAGGAACAGCCAGAGAAUCCACCAGAAGCAGGGAUUUGGGGCCGCGCAAGGAAAGACUUGUUUUCCAGGCCAGCAGAGGGAGCAGCCUCCUCCAGUUCAGCUCCCAAUGCAGAACCAGCUAUGGCAUCGGCAGCUGCGGGUCCAGACGCUGCCGGUGAGAGUGGUUCUCGCCGAACAGGCCCUCGUGAGGUGGCUCCAGACAAGAUUGUGAUCCCCGACUUUGGAGAGAUGCACUUUUAUGAAAAGAACCAGACGAUCCAAUGUUUCUGCCGUGUACAUGCUGCUGCUGACUGCCGCAAAAGCCGGACAGUCAAAGGGUCAGAGACACUCUCGAGAGUUGGUCAAGGCAGGCCGAUAGGCCUUUUAGCGGCCUGGCUGUAUGAUCAUGAAAACCAUGAUUGCGUCUCAGAGCCAAAACGUUCGAGGAACUUUGUCCACCCUUUCAAAGAAAGGCUGGCCGCACGCAAGAAGUUUGAUCGGCUUCCUGGGGCCAGUGCUUUUGCUCUGCAUGAGAGAGCACAGGCACCAGACGAGACAAGCCCAGAGCCACUGACAAUCCCGUAG